UGCAAUACCAUGGUAUAGUUGUAUAUUUCCGAGGACCUUGAAAACGCUGUGCGACACUCGUCUGCUCGGGAGCGAACUCGAUCGCUUGUCGUCUAUUCGCGCACACCGGCGUCGCUAUCGAAUCUCCGCGGUCCGGCGCACCGGUCGCAAUUCUCACUCACAACAAUAUCAUCUGCAGUCCUCUUUCACAACAACGUCACGUCCUCAGUACAUCAUAUUAAAUCUUAAUCAUAUUAUAUUAUAAUAUUAACUGCACCGCGAAGCGACGACAUGAGACCGACAGUAUCGCUUCGGCACGCGGUUUCGGUGCUGGUCGCGGUGGUACUAAUGUCGGCCAGGCCCAGCAACGGCAUGGCGUACACAGUUUUCCAGGCAGUGGUCGAGUACUACCGGAUGAUAGCACCGGAACCAGUGGAUGCUGUACCCGAUGCGCCGUACAUUGGUCGGCAGUACGACUUCAUUGUGGUCGGCGCCGGUUCCGGUGGCUCGGUGGUAGCCAACCGGCUGACCGAGGUGGCAGGCUGGACGGUGCUGCUGAUCGAAGCGGGCGGUGAAGAGAAUGCCAUGACGGACGUGCCGCUGCUGGUAAGCUACCUGAUUGGCACCGGAUACGACUGGGGCUACCAGACCGAACCACAAGAUGGUGUGUGCGGUGCGAUGGAUAACCGCAAGUGUCGGUGGCCACGGGGCAAGGUGAUGGGCGGCACCAGCGUGCUUAACUACAUGAUGUACACGCGGGGCGUACCGGAGGACUACGACUGUUGGGCCAGGCUGGGGAACGUCGGUUGGAGUUACGCGGACGUGUUACCGUACUUCAAGAAAUCGGAGGACCUGCAGCAUGACGGCCGGGUGGCCGCGUCACCAGAGGCAGCGCAUUUGCACGGUCGUGGAGGGUACCUUAAGGUCCAGGAACCAUCGUGGAAGACGCCACUAGGACCUGCGUUCCUACGCGCUGGCCGCGAGCUAGGCUACGAGACUCCCGUCGAUUACAACGGGCCACGACCACUUGGCUUCUCGUACGUACUCGCCACGACAGACCACGGCACCCGGUGCAGCGCGUCCAAAGCGUUCCUGAGGCCGAUCCGGCACCGGCCCAACCUAACGGUGGCCAAGCGGACGAUGGUCACGAAGGUGCUCAUCGAGCCCGGCACAAAGCGCGCGUACGGCGUGCGGUUCGUCAGGAAUCGUCGUACCGCCUCGGUUUACGCCCGCAAGGAGGUGAUACUGUGCGCCGGGGCGUUAAACUCACCGCAGCUGCUUAUGUUGUCGGGCGUUGGCCCGGCCGAACAUCUCGCCGACGUCGGUGUGCCCGUCGUCAGCGACCUCCGGGUAGGCUACAACCUGCAGGACCACGUGUCUAUGGCCGGACUGGUGUUCCUGGUAAAUCAGUCUGUGACCAUCGUGGAAAGCCGGUAUAGGCACCCCAAGUACCUGAUCCAGUACGCCGUGGACGGUGACGGACCCCUGACUGUGCCCGGCGGCGCCGAAGCGGUGGCGUUCACGGCCACGCGGUAUGCAACCAAUGGGUCCGUGGUUCCCGACAUGGAACUAGUGUUCGGUCCCGGAGCGCUGACGGGCGACACUGGGGGCUCACUACACCGCUUGUUCGGCAUGCGCGAAGACUUCUACGAACAUGUGUACGGUGGGUUCCGCGGGCGGGACGCUUGGGGCCUGGUGCCUAUAUUGCUACGACCCCGCAGUCGCGGACGGGUCAUGUUGCGGUCGACCAACCCGUUUCACGCGCCUCUGCUCUUCUCCGGCUACUUGUCUGACACACACGAUCGCGACGUGCUCGUCGAAGGCAUUAAACAGGCCAUCGCAGUGAGCAAAACCCAAGCAUUCCAAAAAUACGGUUCUACGCUGUUAUCGGUGCCGUUCCCGGGCUGUGAACACGAGACAUUCGGAUCGGACGCGUACUGGGGUUGCUCCAUCGGGCAGCUGACCACAAACCUGCACCACCAGGUGGGCACGUGUAAGAUGGGGCCAGCCUCGGACCCAGACGCCGUGGUCGAUCCAAAACUGAGGGUACGUGGCGUCAGAGGACUCCGGGUGGUGGACGCGUCUAUCAUGCCGCUCAUACCAGGCGGUCACACCAACGCGAUGACAUUCAUGAUCGGCGAGAAAGCGGCCGAUAUGAUCAAGGAAAACUGGAUCAAAUGAUCUAACCGGUCGUGCUAAGCUGCUGCCGCUGUCAUAUAAUAUUAUAUUCUAAACGGUGCGAAUCACGAAUCGCAUGAUAAAUCAAUAAUUUGUUCGUAUUAUGGUCACCUUACAUUAUCCAUAGUAUGCUAUAAUAUAUAUGGGACAAUGUAAUCGUUUUUUGAAAUACAUUCGUCAUCGUCAACAUCACGAUCCGCUACUACUAAUGCGUAGAAGAUAUCCGAUUACACACGUUUUAUUCAAAGAACAAUAUAAAGUUCAAUACCAUAGUGUACGCUAUAAACUAUGUACGAGUAUAUGUAAAAAGGAAGAUUAUAGGUAUAGUUUUGUUCUUAAAAAUCAACAAGUACCUCAGAAUUUUGUUUUUGUUAUCUCGAAUAUAAUAUUAAAAAGUUUCUCAAUAACUUGAACUCUCCAUCAGCGCAACCUUCGUGACGUAAACGUCUAUACAUUAUAUAAUAAAUACCUACAUCAAAUGAGUCCAACCAACAACAUAUUUUGGUACAUGGUACUAUAAUAUGUUAUUAUCUAGUCAAAAAAUUAAAUGUGCGAUACAUUAUUUGAUUCCAUUUUAUUUUAUUUUUGUUUUAAAUUACACUAUAAGUUUAUUCCUA